AUGGACUUUUACCAGGCAAACCUGGCCGUGCUGGUCUCGGCCAAUGCUUAUUUCAUCUGGUCAAACGGCCGGGCGACCAAGACGCAGGAUGUCGCGGCGCCCAUCGAACGGCCAGCCAGCUCGGUCCUCGCCGAGGCGCGCAAGUUCCAGCUUGGCUUUUUGCUCCCUUACUCGCUAGCCGUGGCAGCAGACUGGUUCCAGGGUCCGCACACCUACGCCAUCUACAAGUACGACAAGGGCAUCCCGGAACACCUGGUUGCCGCGCUGUACGCUACCGGCUUCGUAUCGGGCGCCAUCAGUGCCUCGUUUGCCGGAGGGCUCGCGGAUCGAUUCGGCCGCAAGCUCGCCUGCCUGCUGUACUGCGCCCUGUACACCGUCACCUGCUUGACCAUGCUGAGCAACGACUUGUUCAUCCUCUUCCUGGGUCGCUUCGCCGGGGGCAUCGCCACCACCUUGCUGUUCAGCGUCUUCGAGGCCUGGAUGAUCUCCGACUACCACGAUAAGCAGAUCAAGGCCUGCGGGCUCGAGCUGAGCUCCGUCUUCAGCCAAAUGACAACCAUUAGCUGCGUCGUUGCCAUACUCUGCGGCAUCUGCGGCGACUUUUUCGUAAACGCGUUUGGCACGCGGACGUGGCCGUUCCUGGCAGCGGCGGCUUGCUGCGUGGGAGCAGCGUUGACGAUAAUGGCCAACUGGAAGGAAAAUCAUGGCACCCAGUCGGAAAAGGGAAGCACUCUCGACAGCAUGAAGUCCGGCCUCAGAACCGUCCUUGGGGACCCCAAGAUCCUUUCCAUCGGCCUCAUCUCAUGCACCUUCGAAGGCACCAUGUACCUUUUUGUCUUCUUCUGGUCCGCGGCUUUGAACAGCGCGCGAACUGCCACGGGCUCAACCGCGAGCUUGCCGUUUGGUCUCAUCUUUUCCAACUUUAUGAGCGCCAUGAUGGCUGGAUCCGCGCUUUUUCAAGUGGCCCAAAGGCGGUACCGGGACACACCCGAGAUCCUGAUGAACUUGAUCAUGAUCGCCAGCUGCUGCAUGGGAUUCGCGGUCAUUCUGAAGGAUGAGAUUGAUCUCUUCUGGGUCUUUUGCCUGCUCGAAGGCUGCAUUGGCGCCUAUUACCCGGCCAUGGCGUGCUUGAAGAGUGAGCACGUCAAAGACGGGCUCCGCGGCCACGUGUACAGCAUACUGAGGCUCCCUCUCAACCUUUUCGUCGUCCUGGCCCAUAGUAUGGAUGAAGAAGGGGAUGCUCAUCGGAACAACGUCUUCUUGGGCACUAGCGCAGCACCACUCAUAGAGACAAUAUUCAAAGCAAUCGCGAAUCAUGCGUCACCAUGCCCAUCAUGGACAAUGACCACUUGGUCCCUCGUCAACACAGUAGCACGAGCCUGCCGCCUAGCAUUUGCCAGCAGUCAUCCAACUAAGGUAUGGUGCCCAAUCUAUAGUCGAUCGACUCAAGCCGCCGGAUAA